GGGGUGGAGACUUAUCUCGUCCCCAUUGAAAAAGACAUCAACUGACAGAGGGAACGUUUUGGUCGGCUGCAUCAACAGACGCGGAAUUAUUAUUAUUAUUGUUUCAACGUUAUUUAUUACACUGUCCAGCACAUCUCACCAUUCUUCCUCGUAACUGUAAAAAAAAAUAAGAGAUGAGUCAGGCAGAGCAGGUGCUCGAGGACACACCUGCUAACCUCAAUGAUAAACCAGUUGAUUCAGACAACCUCAAAGAGCACCCACAGACUCAGACGGGCAUGUUGGGCAGGUUGGCGGGAGGCUUGUACGGUGCCACCACGGGGGCCUUAGGAGCGACCGUGGUCGGCGUGACGUGGAUCGGAGGAAAGAGCCUGGACCUCACCAAGACUGCUGUCAGCUCAGUUGCCGCCGUGCCCGCAGCAGGUGUGGGACUGGUCAAGGGAGGAGUUUGCGCCGUAGCUGGCGGCGUGACAGCCGUCGGUUCUGCCGUGGUCAACAAAGUUCCAAUCAGAGGAUCCAAAAAGAAGGACAAGUCCGACUGAGGGGAAGAGGAGACGGAAUUCGCACCAGUGAUGUGUUGGCCAUGCUCUGUUGGCUCAGUGGCAGCAACAGGAGGCAAAACAACACAAGACUCAAAUCUGUGUGAAUGUUUUGUUGUAGGUUUUGUGCUUUGUGUAAUUCACUUUCUAUUGUAAUAAUCAUGUUUUUGUAAACUGCAAAAUAUAAGCUCUGAAAGACUUGGUCCAAAUAAAAAUGUCCAUGUCUAUUUUGAAGGACUGUUU